ACACAGCAUGCCCCUCACGUCCUUCUUCGUCUCGUCGCCCGACACGCACAGCGAGCGCAGGCUCGACUCGGACCUGACGGUCGCGCAGCUCAAGGACAAGCUCGUGCCGAUUACGGGCAUUGCACAGCAGUGGCAGGUGCUGAGCCUGCACGCGAGCGACGACGGGCCGGCGAUCGCGCAGCUUGUUGAUGAUGGGGCGACGCUGGCGAGUUAUGGCCUGAGGGAGUUUUACGUCGUCAAGGUCGCCAACACCGACCCCAAUGCCCGGCCCGGCGAGUACACCGACGUGUCGGCCGUGGACAAGUUUGAGCUCACGCCCGCCGAGUACGAGGCGCGGAAUGACACCGUGCUGUCCCACCUCAAGGCCAACAAGCUCGGCCGGUUCGCCGACGUGCCCGAGAACCUGACGCACGCGCCGCCCGCCGCCGUGCCCUCCACGCUCAAGGUCGGCGCGCGCGUCGAGAUCUCACCGGACGGCGGUUUGACCAAGCGCGGGACGGUGCGCUUUGUCGGGCUGGCGGAUAUCGGCAAGGGCGGCGUCUGGGUCGGCGUCGAGCUCGACGAGCCAACCGGCAAGGGCGACGGAGCGGUCGACGGCCACCGCUACUUCUCCGCUGCACCCAAGCACGCCGCGUUUGUGCGCCCAGACAAGGUCACCGUCGGCGACUUCCCCGAGGAGGACCUCCUGGCGUCCGACGACGAGAUUUAAGUAUACG